AACAACUAGAAGGGAUUUAAAAGAUUGAUAAUGCCCGAUUUGCCUAGUUUCACCACUCCUGACUUCCAUCAAUAAAUAAAAUGCUGUGUGUAGAGAUUUCAGGCUACUGUACCCAAGCAUUGAGAAUGUCUCAAACGUCGGAUAAUCAUUUGGUCUAAGCCUCCGUUCGAUUAGGUUACUAGUGACCGUCAACUAUUGGCCCCUUCUUCCGAUCCAGUCUUAUCAAUACAGCUACUACACUACUACAAGUGUGAUUGAUAACUUGUGUAUUUUAGGGAAUUUCAUUCAAAAAGGAUGGGAUACCGCCUGGCUAACAAGCUGCGGAUUCGUAAUCAACUGACCAGAGAAUUUUUGGCAGAAUUUCUGGGAACGUUUAUUCUUAUCGUUUUUGGAGAUGGGUCUGUGGCGCAGUUUGUUCUUAGUAAAGGAGAACUUGGAUCCGCUCAUUCUAUUCACUGGGCAUGGGGCGUGGGCGUCAUGAUGGGAGUCUAUGCAUCAGGGGGCGUGUCAGGGGGUCAUAUUAAUCCAUCAGUAACAUUAGCAAUGGCGGUAAUAGGUCGCCUCCCUUGGCACAAAGUUCCCGUUUACAUGCUGGGACAAUACUGUGGAGCUUUUAUUGCCUCCUUCUUCAUCUACGUCAUAUAUAUAGAUGCUCUAGAACACUUUGACGGAGGCACACGGAUGGUCGUCGGUGUUAACGGUACAGCUGGAAUCUGGGCCACGUACCCCCAAGAUUUUGUGUCUAUCCCCACAGCGCUGGGGGAUCAGAUUUUUGGUACGGCGUUGCUUCUGAUCUGCGUUAUGGCAAUCACAGAUGAACGAAACAUGAACCCCAGUAAGGGCCUGGUACCGAUCUGUGUAGGGCUUUCCGUAUUCGCCAUAGGAAUGACCUAUCAUCUUAACUGUGGUUAUGCCAUCAAUCCAGCUCGAGAUUUAGCGCCGCGACUCUUCACCCUGGCAGCUGGGUGGGGCGACGGUACUUUUUCCCACCGUGAUUACGGGUACUUCUGGAUUCCAAUACUUGGUCCUCACCUUGGUGCUAUCAUAGGUUGUGUUCUCUAUACGAUACUUGUUGGUCUCCAUUGGCCUCCAGAAUAUGAAAUCACCGGAGAUAUAGAAUUGUCUAAGAAGAAACAAGAGAAAAACAAAGAAUUCACAGAUUUAAGAGAGGCAUAAAAAGUAUUGCUGGAAGACGUUUAUGUAAGGUUGGCAGCAUUAGAUGAUAUUUCAGUUAUGGAGAAACCGUGGAGGUAGAACGACGAUAAUAUUUAAACCACCAAGCAUUAAAUGUACAGUACUGCACACCCCCAAACAUGGAUCAAACACGACUGUUUAUCAGAUCAGUGUUUCUGUGAAGAACUCUUGCUCAUUCCUCAAUGGAAGUACUCACAUAAAUUGAUUAUUUCAUCAAAGAGUUGUUUUAGAAAUCGUUUUAAAUAUUCACUUUCAUUUGUUUUUCUUUUAUAUGUGCUUUGAUGACUAUUUACUGUACAGAAAAAAAGAUAUUUUUGUAUAUGUUAGUCCCCGUACAUUCAUUUAUGA